GCAGGCCAGCCUAGGUGUCCCGGCGGCUCCCGGGCGCCCCCUGGCCCGGCUCCGGCGCCCGAGGUUUCCGGUGAGCUGCAGUCGCCGGUUAUGACGACUCCCUCCUCCGGAGCAGCCGCCGCCGCCGCCGCCUUCUCCGCAGCCCCGGUUCGCCCGGCUCCAGGUUUGGAGGUUGCUAUGUACAUGCUGCUUGUCUUUGGAGCAUUGCUUCAUGAAGUUCCCCUGAGUGGCCAAGACGAGGUUCCUCCCCAGGCUGAUGGCAUUCUGGGCGCCCCUCUGUUCAACUAUGCCAGCCUCCGCCUGCCAGAAGAGCAUAUUCCCUUCUUUUUGCACAAUAAUAGGCAUAUUGCCAUGGUCUGUAAGAAAGACUCGCAUUGUCCUUAUAAGAAACACUUAGAAAAUUUAAAGUACUGCUGGGGUUAUGAGAAAUCCUGCAGACCAGAGUUCAGGUUUAGUUACCCUGUUUGCACCUACGUGGAUAUGGGAUGGACGGACACUCUUGAAUCAGCCCAGGAAAUAUUCUGGAAGCAAGCUGACUUUGGGUAUCCUGGAGAGCGGCUGGAGGAACUCCAUAUGCUCUGCCAGCCAAAGGGAAUGAGUGACUCAAGUCUAGUGUGUUCCCGUUACCUUCAGUACUGCAGAGCGACCAAUCUCUACCUUGAUUUAAGAAACAUCAAGAGAAACCACGACAGAUUUAAGGAAGAUUUUUUCCAGAGUGGGGAAAUUGGAGGACACUGUAAACUUGACAUUCGUAUGUUGAUGUCUCAAGGCCAGCGCAAAAGCCCUCUGCAGUCUUGGUUUGCUGAGCUACAAAGCUAUACUCAGCUCAACUUCAGACCAGUAGAAGAUGCUACGUGUGACAUUGUUAUUGAGAAACCAACCUACUUCAUGAAAUUAGAUGCAGGUGUUAACAUGUAUCACCACUUCUGUGAUUUCAUCAAUCUUUAUAUUACUCAGCACAUUAAUAAUUCCUUCAGCACAGAUGUGCACGUUGUGAUGUGGGACACAAGCUCCUAUGGAUAUGGUGACCUGUUCUCCGAUACAUGGAAAGCAUUUACUGAUUAUGAUGUUAUACAUUUGAAAACUUACGAUUCUAAAAGGGUAUGUUUUAAAGAAGCUAUUUUUUCCUUACUCCCCCGGAUGAGAUACGGGCUGUUCUAUAAUACCCCUCUGAUAUCUGGCUGUCAAAAUACUGGAUUAUUCCGGGCAUUUUCUCAGCAUGUACUGCACAGACUGAACAUCACACAAGAGGGUCCCAAGGAUGGAAAAAUUCGAGUCACCAUUCUCGCACGGAGCACAGAAUACCGGAAAAUACUCAACCAAAAUGAGCUUGUAAAUGCACUGAAAACGGUAUCUACCUUUGAGGUCCAGAUUGUCGAUUAUAAGUAUAAGGAACUUGGGUUUUUAGAGCAGCUAAGGAUCACACAUAACACGGACAUAUUUAUUGGAAUGCAUGGAGCUGGUCUUACCCAUUUACUUUUCCUUCCAGACUGGGCUGCUGUGUUUGAACUAUACAACUGUGGAGAUGAACGCUGUUACUUGGACCUGGCCAGGCUGAGAGGCGUCCACUACAUCACUUGGCGAAGGCAGAGCAAAGUAUUUCCUCAAGAUAAGGGCCACCACCCAACUCUGGGGGAACAUCCAAAGUUUACCAACUACUCUUUUGAUGUAGAAGAAUUUAUGUACCUUGUCCUUCAGGCUGCAGACCACGUAUUGCAACACCCGAAGUGGCCAUUUAAGAAAAAACAUGAUGAGCUAUAAAUGUGUUGAGUCUUUUUGCCAAAAGGGAGUGUUUAAACGGUCCUCCACCCAGACUCACCUCACAGUUAAAUAGGUAAAACAGCCUGUUUUCUCCUAGCUCCAAAGUACCUUUUUUUAAUACCAAAACAUGCCUUCACGGUAUUACUUAUAUGUUUUAUAGUCUUAACUGUUUCAUGUGAUUGUUAUGUCAUUGCUAUUUAUCAAGAUACUCUUUUUGCACUGAAAACUUUACUUUUUAUAGUUCAGAAAUUGGGCCUGGGCUCACUGCCGUAAUUGAGCUUUUUUCUUAGGGAUACCAAAGUUUGCAACUUUCUUAGCUUUAGAAUUUGUAAAUGUUUUUAUAGAAUACCAUGAGCUCGUCAUUCAAGAGGAUU